AUGGCGACCAGCAACCUCCUCCUGCAGGAGCUUGUACGGAAGUGUAAUAGCAUCCAGGAGGAACUGAAAGCCAAGGAGGCUGCUUUAGCAGAGACAUGUGAUGAACUAUUGGAGGUGCAGAAGCUUCACGGAGCGCUCCUGGACCGGCAUACAGCGGAGACAGCAGAGGUGGAGGAGCUCAAGGCACACCUUAUGGCUCUGUUCGGCGGAGGCGCACAUGUGGUCGAGAACCGCGGCCGGACGCCCAUCACGUCACCAGGUGACACCAUCGCCGUCAAGCGCAGACACAGCCAGGACUCUGAUGGCGAACUAAAGCGCUAUCGAACUGAAGAGGCCGACGAAAACAUAGCGACGAUGCCGAUGUACCAGCGCCACGCUUCAAAACCCCAGCGGCGCAAAUGCUCACGCCUGACACUUUAG